AUUUUGUUAAGUAAUUGAAUUGAAUUGAAUUUUCAUAUUUAUAUUAUAAACUAUUAUUUAAUUGAAUAGCAAUUGAUUUCCUUAUUUGUAGUAAUUAUAUGUAAUUAUAGCCAUAAUUAUCAUAUAAUUUGUUAUUUCAAUACACGUUUUCAUUGAGUUUUGAGAAAACAUUGAAAACAAUGUCAAAACUUUUGUUAAGACAAACACUGCGAUUACCAACAGUCUUAUCGGCCAAACAGGUGACCACUGGUCAACAAACGGCUGGCCAACAGUUAAUCCGUUUGUUUAGUAAGACAGCGGCCGUUAAUCGCAUCGAAAAUGUCCUCAUUAUUGGAUCGGGACUUAUGGGCUCAGGUAUUGCCCAGUCGUGUGCCACAACUGAACGAUUCAAUUCAAUUACAUUACAAGAUGUAAACAAUGAACAGUUAGCUAAAGCUAAGGAUCGCAUCACUAAAAGUCUUAACAAUUUAAAGGAAAAGAAAAAAGUGAAUAUUAAUAGCAUUGAUGAAGUGGUCAAUCGUAUAACUCUAUCGACUGAACGCAAACCAGUUGUCGAUCAGAAUCUCUUAGUUAUCGAAGCGAUUCCCGAACUUUUGGAACCAAAACAAAGAAUAUUCAAAGAACUUUGUUCACAAUUCAAAGACAACAAAUCAGUAAUAUUUGUUACGAACACAUCUUCUCUUCCCUGCUAUGAGAUCGGCAAAUAUGUUGACUGUAAAGAAAGAUUUGGAGGUCUACAUUUCUUCAAUCCGGUACCAAUGAUGAAAUUGGUUGAAGUAAUCCGUGUAUUGGACGCAACAAAUGAUCAUACAUUUGAAGCACUCAUUCAGUUUGUUAAAGAUAUGGAUAAAGUUGGUGUCACCUGUAAGGAUACGCCGGGUUUCAUAGUAAAUCGAUUACUUGUACCGUAUAUGCAGGAAGCCGUCGCUCUUUUGGAAAGAGGUGACGCUACCGCCCGAGACAUUGACAUUGCAAUGAAAUUAGGCGCUGGAUAUCCAAUGGGUCCAUUCGAAUUAAUGGAUUAUGUAGGUUUGGAUACCAAUAAGUUUAUAGUAGAUGCUUGGGCUGCAAGGGGUGAUCCAAAUCUGAAAAUAUAUAAAUCAAAAUUAAUUGAAAGUAUGGUUGCAAAGGGACAUUUAGGCAAAAAAACGGGUAAAGGUUUCUAUGAUUAUACCAAAAAAUAAGCACUACUUUGGAUAAUAUUUUUAUAUUAUAUGAAACCUUUUAUAUUCUAUUAAUUCAUUAUAAUUUACUAUAUUUUUAUA